AUAAAUCAUUCUUUAUGAAACAUUGUGUAUAGUGAAAAUCUACAACUAUAACUUGACAAAAGCGAAAUGAUUAAACUGUUGGUAAUAUUUUCACUUUCGUUAGCAGGACUAGUAUUCGCCUUUACUGAAAAUGAAGAACAAAAUGUAGAUUAUCAAGUGAGAGCAGCGAUUGCAGAUAUAAUCAACGAUACUUUGAACGCAUUGAUCAGAAAUUCGUCGGACCCUUUGACAAUCAACGAAUUAUCUAUGAACUUCGAGAAUAACAGUCUUCUGUCUGGUGGCUUGAAUAUCACAAAAUUACGAAUCAAUGGGAUACAUGAAAUAGUAGCUCCCUAUAUAGAUGUCCAAAUAUUUAGUGAAGUUUUCAAUAUGAGCGUGAAUAUUCCAAAUUUGGACAUCAGUUUCAAAUAUUGGCUUGACACUUUAGUUGGAGGUGUAGUUCCACUUUAUGGUUCAGGACUCAACAGCAUAUUCUUCGAAGGAAUUACUGUAAACGCCUCCGGUAAAGUUGAUGUGCUGGGAAAGCAAUUACAUAAUAUAACCGCAAAUCUCUGGAUUGAUCAUGCAGUGUUCAAUAUGGAUGGAUUUCUCAAUAACCCGGAGUUCAGUGCGUUGGUGAACCUGAUGUUGAAUGACAAUUUUUGUGAAUUCAUCAAAGAUUACCAAGAAUUUGUUUCUAGAGUCAUCAGUGGCUUCAUUUCUGCUCUACUUGAUUCAUUGAAAUAAUAGUUAGUCUUCAUUAUUACUUAUCUAGAACUCAGAGAACAUUGAUUUGACGCUGAAUAAAUUCAUACACAUAUCUUCGUCGCAGUAUAUUCUUUAUAUCAUA